UGGAAACUCGUCGAUGGCAACAUCCACCAGUCUGUUCUGCCCCCCAUCCUUAUAGCGUGAACAUCACCUCUCAGAGGUGCUGACUGUGUGCUACUGUCACUGACAAAUGAGACACUGCAAGAUGGCGAUUGCGCGACUCAUUGCUUGUUUUGUUGUGUACAGCAGCUUAGGUCUCAUCCCAUCAUCAUUUGGGGUAAUCCUCCGAACCACGGACAAGAUUGUGUGGGCGAAUGAGUUUGAGCCAAUCGAGCUGACCUGUUUAAUAGAGUCCAUCUCAACAAACAACCCGAGGAUUGAAUGGAAAAAGAUUAAGAACGGUGUCCCCAGUUACGUGUACUUUCAAAACAGGAUAGCAGGGGACUUGGACCAAAGAGCUCAGCUCAAAGAGACAGCCAACAUCCUGAUCUUCAACGCCACCCGCUCAGACACUGCAGAGUACCGCUGCGAAGUGGCCGCCAUCGAUGAUCAAAGGGACUUUGAUGAGAUACUUAUUAGUCUUGCAGUGAGAGUGAAACCUGUUGUACCACGGUGCAGUGUGCCUGAGGCGGUCACAGUUGGAACAUCCACCGAGCUGCGAUGUCUGGAGAACGAGGGCUUCCCCGCUCCUCUGUACCGCUGGUUCCACAACAACGAGGAGCUCGCUCAGGACCCCAAAAGCAGCCCCAAGUUGGUCAACACCUCCUACAGCAUCAACCCUGACACUGGAGGCCUGAAAUUUCGAAGAGUGAGAAAGGAGGACGCAGGGGAGUACUACUGCCAGGCAAAGAAUGAUGCCGGAUAUGCACAGUGUCCCUCUCAAAUGAUGGAAGUCUAUGACGUCGACUACCUCGGGAUUUUCCUCAAGUCAUUUGGUGCAGUGGUGGUUUUCUUCUGUUUGGCUGCUUCCAUUUGUCAUUCCCUGAGGCGUGGAUGCUUCUCUAAAAAAGGGCAUAACGAAAACUACAACUGGCCAGCACAGAGUGAUGGUGUUGAAUAUGGAAAUGCAGAUGAGGGCCAUUUUCGCCACAAAUCUUCAUUCAUAAUUUGACAGCUGAGACGGAGGACAACAUGGAACCAUGACUUAAAUACAACUGUGGAUCUUAACUUGCUACAAUGAUGCUCCGGAUGGUAAAGUUUGAGGUGUGAAAUGGCACAUUAUUCCCUAAUGCACAUCAAAUCCAGUCAACAGAUUGCCAAAGUAUUUUAAUAUCAUUUUGUUGCCCUACUUCUUGUUUUUUUAUAACUGGGUAGCAUUUUUUAUUUCAGUCUCUGUCUGAUUUAAAUGCUUAGUUUUUUACAAGUUUAGUUUAUUUUGACACAUUUGCAACUUUGUGGAGUUUGAUAAUUGCCCGCGGUGUCAUCUCAGAAGAUGCUGGGAGCUACAUUCCUUCACAGUUUUUGGAACAAAUCCUAUUUUAUAAUUCUUAAACUUUUUACUGAGUACAUAGAAAUUGUUUUACAAUAAAUACAAUAAACUCCUUUACAUUAUCUUUGUUCAUAAGAUAAAUCCGUUAAGUUUGUUUCACGUUGGGAAGAGUUGAACCCUUUUUUUGUAUAUACUGUCAUUAUACAGGCAAUAGGCAGCGGACUGUAAAAGGCUGAUAAACUCAAAUUCAGAAGGCACAAUUUAUCAGCCUUUCUUAUAUUCACCGAUGAUAACAAGUUAAACAAGUACAUAGUAACCUGUGCGUUUGAAUACCAUAUAUCCCAAUAUGCUGCAAAGUCAAUAUGUACUAUAAAGGUGGUGAAGUAUGAUUUUUGGAGUGCUGUUUCUGUGUAUAAGUGACCUUCUGUGCUUUACUAAUUAUUUUGUUGAGUAUUGGACAUAUUGUCCAGUUUUGACUCAGUAUUUAAUGUAAAUAAAUACAUACAUUUUAUUUUGAUUUUCAUACAUUGCACUCCAUACCUUAUUGUAAAUACUGCAUUAAAACUGUUUGUUGAAAAUACAUUUACAGUAUUUACUGUUCAGCGUGUUAACAGUGUUGAGCCUGUCAUUUCAAACAUUAGUGUCAAUGAUUUGUGUAACAACUCAGGAAAUGUUGUAAAAUGUCCACUGUUUUCUGUUAUU